AUGAACAACAGUCCAGUCACACGGAACGUACCAUCCAAUGAGAAACCAGUAGAUCCAUUGGGACCUCCUCAUUGGUCCAGCAAGUUUGGUGACGUCAACGUGCAGGAUAUUGCAAUUCAAAUCUCGACCUCAAAGGAUUUUGAAGGCAAAGAGGCACAUUGGUAAGUUGUAAAUAUUGUUUAAAGAUGAAGUAAAUGUUUGUUGGAGACCAUUACACCAAUACCGUGCCAUAAGCACCAUAUUAUACCAAACUAUAUUACUUAUCACGCCCUGACCUUGUUAGGUCAUUCCAAAUUGAGGUGGUAAUAUAUGCCAUACAAUGCCAUAUAUAUCGUACUUAUAAGUAAUCAUACUUGCCUUAUCAUACCAUUCUAAUACCAUACCGUUCUGCACCAUACUAAACCAAUCCAUUCCAUAAUAUAUACUGUAGCAUUUAUAAUUCUUUUUGUGUGAAUGUCUUACAGGUUAAUAGCAUUCAUAAUUCUUUUGUGUAAAUGUCUUACAGGUUAAAAACAAACCGUGCUCUUGGUGAUCUGUUUGGUGUUGGACGUGGUGGAUGUACAGACAUUCAUUCAGGGAUUUGA